AUGAGUAGACUUCUCUCCAAAUUUAUAGGGUCCUAUCCGCGUGCUCUCUGGUACACUCUUUGCCUGAAACCUAAUCAAACCCUAACCAAUGACACUUAUGGGUAUGUUUUGGCUAGAGUCCCAAUUCCAAGUUCUCCUCGUGUGCGCUUCCAGGGUCUCGUGGCUGUUGGUUCUAAUAUCUACGGAAUUAAAGAGAGCUCCUACUUUGCUAAAGAGGAAGAUAGCUCCUCUAACGUCUCGAUUCUAGAUUGCCAUACUCACACGUGGCGCGAGGCUCCAAGCUUACCGGUGAAGCUAUCGUCACUUUCUGCUAGCGUUCUUGAUGGAAAUAUAUAUGUGGCAGGAAGAAGCUACAAAGACGGCGAGUCUUCUUUGGAUUCCUUGAGGAACACGUUUGAGGUUUUCGACACAGAAGCACAGAGUUGGGAUGCUGAGACCAUCCCUUGGAGCGAGACAAAAUGCAGUUUCUAUAGCUCGAGAAGUGCUUGUAUUAACGGCAAGUUCCACGUGAAGACUAGCACAGAGGUGGUUGCUUACAAUUCCAAGGAAGUUAGAUGGGACUUGGUAAAUCGAGAGAUGAGUGAAUAUAUGAAGUCAGAUUUUUACUGCGUGAUAGAGAAUGUUUUGUACUCUGCUUCUUACGGAGGGUUGAUAUGGUAUGACACUGAGGUAAGCAUGUGGAAAGAAUUGAAGGGUUUGGUAGGACUACCUGAGUUCUCUCUUGGCGCUUGUGUUAGAUUGGCUGAUUAUGGUGGGAAGAUGGCAGUUUUGUGGGAACGGGAUCUGUUUGGCUAUAAGAAUAUUUGGUGUGCGGAGAUUACGCUUGAAAGAUGCGGAUAUAAGAUUUGUGGCAAAGUUGAGUGGUUUGGUAAUGUGCUUACAGUCCCUAAAUCAUGUAGUCUCAUGAAAGUUCUUGCUGUUGCUGUUUGA